UCCUCGGGCUAGGUGCCGACUGCCGAAAUGGUUGAUGCUUCACAGCCUCUUGGGGCAGACCUGUCCAAGUCAGCUCACCUCCCUUCUUCCAUGCCGAUGGGACGCUUGAUGCCUGAUCCAGCCUGUCUGUCGAUGAUGCAUGCCGAGAGCUAACAGCUUCCGUAGGCCCGUUAACAUUGUCUUCGUUGGCGCAGGAGCUGUUGGGUGUUUCUAUGCCUCCAGGCUGCAUCAUCCCACCCAUAACAUCCACACUUCGCUAAUUGCGCGGUCCAACUACAAAGCCAUCGCCGCCAAUGGGGUGCAGAUGCAGACGCACUCCUUCGGGGACUACACCUUCGCGCCCGCGGCCGCCUUCCCCACGGUCGCGGUCGCGGCGGCCGGCGCGCGCGAUUGGCACUACAUCAUCGUGACCACCAAGGCGCUCCCGGACCGCACCGACGACUCGGAACUGAUCGCGCCCCUGGUGGGGCCGCGGUCGUGCAUCGUGCUGAUCCAGAACGGCGUCGGCGUCGAGGACCCCUACCGGAGGCGGUUCCCGCAGACGCCCAUCGUCAGCGCCGUCACCGUCAUCAGCGCCGAGCAGGUGGCCCCCGGGGCGAUCCGCCAGAACCGCUGGACGAGGAUCCACCUGGGGCCAUACACCAACUCCGCCUCAUCAUCGCCGUCCGCGGCCUCGGUCCGGCAAUCCCCCUCGGCCACCAAGAGCGGGGCCGAUACAACCGGGGCCGUGACCUCGGCGGGCGGCGUCCCGGCAGGGGACUCAUCGGCCGAUGCCGAUGCCGCCGCCGCCCAGCUCCUCCUCCUAGCGCAGCGGGGCGUGGCGUGCACGGCGGCGCUGGCGGACUGGUGGAGCCGGCUCGGGAGCAUACGAGACGCGGAGGUGUCGGACGAGGUGGGGCUGCAGACGGUGCGGUGGCACAAGUUGUGCAUCAACGCGGCGUUUAACCCGUCAGCGGUGCUGUCCGGGGGCCGCGGCAACGCGGACAUGGCGGGCGACCCGGAGCUGAGGAGGCACUUGGCCGGGGUGAUGGAGGAGAUACGGGCGGCGGCGCCGGCGGUGCUGGGACGGCCGUUCCCCGAGGAGAUGGCGGGCCCCGAGAGGAUACUGCGGAGCACCGAGAGGAAUGUCGGCGGGCGGCCGAGCAUGCUGCUCGACUGGGAGGCGCGGAGGCCGCUGGAGAUCGAGGUCAUACUCGGGAACCCGGUUAGGAUUGCGAGGGCGAAGGGGGUGGAACUACCGAGGCUGCAGAGCUUGUAUGCUCUGCUGAGGAGUGUGCAGGCGAUGAGGGAGGCGGAGGUGGAGGGCAAGAGGGCUAAGGGAAAGCUGUGAGAGAUGGGCCUGGGUGCCGUAAUCCUGAGAGAUUGCAGGUUUGACUGCUGGGUUGGACAUGCCCACUUCCUAGAUGCAUUUAAUUCCUGCAGAAAAGAUGCCAUAUUCGCGUCUUCUUAAACAGCUGGAACACGAAGCCGUGGAUACAGCUGGGACUGCGAUCUUAUAUAUGGAUAUGCAGGCAUUAGCAGCACCUCCCUUAUCAUGCUGUUCGUUUGUUACCGGGGGGAUUCAUAACGCCUACCAAGAGGGAUUGCUCUGUCCGCCGGCGUUCGACAGAACCACACUGAUUUUUAGGUCCUAGGAUUAUGGUUGUAGGAGAGAUGACACCUCAAGUAG